ACACACCCGCAGAUCUGACAACACGGCGUCGUCAGCUCUGACAUAAGCCUAUGUCGCAUUAGGUGUGGAAUGGUAGUGUGUUUUACCUAUUUUAAUAAAAGAACUUUAUUGGAAUUGGCGUAUUUAUUGCAUGUUCUUAAAGGAAUUGAUUAAGAAAAAACAUAAAUAUUAUUUUGCUCAAUAAUUCACCUUCAUGGCUGAAUGAGCAACGUUUUAUGUUGUUUUGUGAGAAUUACAGUUACUAGUAAACCGAAACCGAUCAUUUGUCAAAAUAAAACACGCUGAACAGAAGGGGUCAAUUUACUCGUUUGUAACCAACAACAUUAUUAGUUCUAAAAUCCAUUGAAAGUUGAAAGUCAAAACAGCGAAACGAAACCACUACAUAAAAUGGAGCAAAUACUGCAACAAACUUUGGUCUCGGCAGCGUCCCAAUUGGAGCAACAGUUGGAUAGUCAAAUUAAUCAACUCGAUAAUUUGGAUUCGGACGAUAUUCAAAAUUUACGAAACCAGCGCCUCAAUGAACUGAAAGAAUUGAAUAAAAAGAAACAGGAAUGGCUCAAUAGUGGACAUGGCCAGUAUUCCGAGCUAUGCGACGAAAAGGAGUUCUUUGAAAUGUCAAAAAAAUCGCCAAACAUCGUCGUCCACUUCUAUCGCGAUUCGACGGAACGAUGCAAAAUCGUCGAUAAGCAUUUACAAAUCCUCUCCAAAAAACACAUUGAAGCGAAAUUCUGCAAAGUGAAUGCGGAAAAGAGUCCAUUCCUCACGCAACGGCUGCGGAUCAAGGUGAUUCCAACGAUUGCAUUGAUUAAAGACAAUAAAACAAAGGAUUACAUCGUCGGAUUCGAUGAUUUGGGUGGCCGCGAUGAUUUCUCCACCGAAAUGAUGGAAUGGCGAAUAGCUCAGUCGGGAGCAAUUGAGUAUAGUGGCGAUCUUCUCACACCACCGGAUGUAGCAAAGAAACAAAAGAAUUUGCUACAACAACAGAAAAAGACAAUCCGUGGCCGGCAAUACGAUUCAGACGAUUCGGAUUUCGAUGACUGACAUUGUAGAUGUUGCCUGCAUCGGUUUAUGUACGACGUAAAUUUUAAGUAUUUUAUUCUCGUCUAAAUUAACAUAAUUUUUCCACCCUUACACACUCAUCACAAAAGAAACAAUUUUGUUGAAUCCAGUCAUAGUAUUCACUUUUUUAAUCGAUUCGGUUUAAGGAAACCUUAAAAUGCUUUUGUGCCUCUUCUCAUCUUGGACAUAGAAACCAAGAUCAUUUGAAAUUUAACCGGUGAUCCACAAGAUUUGCUUUAUUCAUUAAUGUUUUUAGGUUAAUUUGAUUUUUUUUUUAUAUAUACAAGCUAUAAAGAGCACUGCAACUCA